CCGCCGCCGGCGCGGGAUGUCACGUGAAGGGGGGCGUGGCGCAGAUCGGCUCUCGCGGCCAUGGCGGUUUUGGGCUAUUGGGACAUUCGCGGCCUCGCCCACGCCAUCCGCCUGCUCCUGGAGUACACAGAGACACCCUACGAGGACAAGCUCUACAGCUGCGGGGAAGCUCCCGACUACGACAAGAGCCAAUGGAUCAACGAGAAGGAGAAGCUGGGGCUGGACUUCCCCAACCUCCCCUAUUUCAUCGAUGGGAACACCAAGCUGACGCAGAGCAACGCCAUCCUGCGCUACAUCGCCCGCAAGCACAAGAUGUGCGGUGAGACGGAGGAGGAGCUGCUGCGUGUGGACAUGCUGGAGAACCAGAUCAUGGAUUUCCGCAUGAGCCUGGUGAUGGUCUGCUACAACCCCGACUUUGAGAAGCUCAAGCCGGGUUACCUGGAGCAGCUCCCAGGGAAGCUGAAGCUUUUCUCCAACUUCUUGGGGGACAGAAAGUGGUUUGCGGGGGAGAAGCUCACCUUCGUGGACUUCCUCAUGUUCGACGUGCUGGAGCAGAACCGCAUCUUCGAGCCCAAGUGCCUGGAGCCCUUCAAGAACCUCAAGGACUUCAUGGAGCGCUUUGGGGCCCUGGAGAAGGUGGCCGCAUACAUGAAGUCCAGCCGGUUCCAGAAGAUGCCCAUCAACAACAAGAUGGCCAAGUGGGGCAACAAGAAGGAGUAGGGGGGGCGGACUGACCUGGCCCCCCUGCACCCUCCAUCACGGGGUGGGGGGGCACCACCCACAUGCAGCCCCUAAUACAAUAAAGUACUUUAGAUGUGGCACCCUGA